UGAUGACACAUGCAAAGCUUCAUUUUCACACCCGCAACUGUACUUUCACAAAGAGCGAGGUGUCAUAAAAUCCGAUCGUCUCCAAGCAGUGCAAAUAAAUCGUUAUUCACAUUAUUGGCUGUUUAAUAUGGAAAGUCGUUCAAGUGAAGCCGGGGAAAGCUGUUUGACCUGCACAAGAAAACCGCUAAACUUCUACCCCAUAGUCGCCGUCAGUGAGGACCAGAAACCGAAUAUUAGUGAAGUUCUCUGUCGGCAUUUUUGGUUUCAAGAGGAUGAAUUCCGGAACGACAUUAUCUGUAAGGUGUGCUGGGAAAAGGUGUCCGAAUUUCACGAGUUUUAUCUGGAGGUGGAGAAACUACAUUGCAAUCGGAGGGGCCCCGUUCCGCUGCCAGUUUUUGUAAAAAAGGAGGAAGAGGAGGAGCAGGACAAUGAUCAGGCAAAAGAAAAAAACCUUGAUGAUAGUUUGCCAGAGUCAGAUAUCAAAGCGGAACCGUUGGUUGAAAUUCGCGUUGAUGAACCGACCAAUUCGAACACGGACUUUUCUGAGCUAGACGACGAUUCCGAGUACGAGCCCCAGGUCAAAGAAGAACCAAGGCGUACCAAACGCAAGUAUACACGUAGAGCUCCAGAUGAGCGGAAAGUUAAGCAAGAAAAGAAAUCCAAGUAUCCAUACUUGCAUAAAACACCGGAGGAACGUGAAGCCGAGGAUAGAUUUAUAAGACAGCAUACGCGUUACACGUGCGAAGAGUGCAAUGUAGAGUUCGAACAGUUUCACCUGUUUCAACGGCACUGCUUGGAUACGCAUGGUAAAGAAGGCUUCAUCACAUGCUGCGGUAUCCGACACCGGAAACGCUCGGUUCUAUUCCAGCAUGUUCAACAUGCUUUGAAUCCGGAGGCGUUCAAAUGUGAAAUCUGUGGUAAGACGUACAAGAAUCGUUUUGGGUACAAUCGACACAAGAAGGAUGGUCAUGCCCCGGAGGAAGAACGGGUGUACAAGUGCCAUCGUUGUCCGAAAUCGUUCGUCAAAGCUGGUGCCCUGAAACGACACCUGGAUGAUCACGAUACGCUUGAUAAUGGUACGGCCAAGUGCGAAACUUGCGGCAAAUGCUUCAGCAAUGUUAACAUACUAAAAAAUCACGUGAAGUAUCGACAUGUUAAACAGAUGGAGUACAUCUGUGAUGUUUGUUCGAAAGGUUUCUACAUGCGGUCUGCCUUCCUAACGCAUCGGAAAACCCACGAAGUCACAGCGGAAGAACUGCGCAAACAGUGCACGAUUUGUUCGAAAUGGUGCAAGAAUCACGACUAUUGGCGAGUUCACGUGCGUAGGCAUAAAAAUGAAGGCGAACUGAGCUGCGACGUGUGCGGUCACGUGUCGCCCAAUCUGAUGGCGCUGAAGGGACAUAAGGCGAGGAUGCAUUCGGGACCAAGGGUCUUCCCCUGCACGCUGUGUGGAAAGGAGUAUGCACGAGCGAUUACAUUGAAGGAGCACGUGGCUGCCGCCCAUACGGGCGAUGUACUCUACCGGUGUCCGCACUGCGAUAAAACGUUCAAUUCUAGCGCCAAUAUGCAUUCCCAUCGGAAGAAAAUGCACCCAAAGGAGUGGCUCGAGCAGAGGUUAUCAAAGUAUGGAAACAGAGACGGGAUGAUUCCUGACGUGACCAUUCCUAGUGGCAGUGAAGAGUUCCCAAUGCAAUGAAUAAAAUU